AUGCUUCGAAGAUGUCGUGAGAGUUGGGGCGGAGGGGUGAUGGGGAUUCCGUCUUGCACUCGCGAGAUUUGGGGGUAUAAGCCCGUGCUGCGCGGCGCGGGAGACCCCUUUCGGCUUCCGCUUGGCCAAGAUGGCGCCCAAGGCGAAGAAGGAGGCUGUGCCUCCGAAGACAGAGGCUAAGGCAAAGGCGCUGAAGGCCAAGAAGGCCGUCCUGAAGGGUGUCCACAGCCACAAGAAGAAGAAGAUCCGCACGUCGCCCACAUUCCGCAGGCCCAAGACGCUGCGGCUGCGGAGGCAGCCCAAGUACCCCCGGAAGAGCGCCCCACGGAGAAACAAGCUGGACCAUUAUGCCAUUAUCAAGUUCCCUCUGACCACAGAAUCAGCGAUGAAGAAGAUUGAGGAUAACAACACUCUGGUGUUUAUCGUGGAUGUCAAGGCAAACAAGCACCAGAUCAAACAGGCUGUCAAGAAGCUGUAUGAUAUCGAUGUGGCCAAGGUCAACACGUUGAUCAGGCCUGAUGGAGAGAAGAAGGCUUACGUCCGACUGGCUCCUGAUUAUGAUGCACUGGAUGUGGCCAACAAGGUGAGUUGUCUUUGAAACUUGGAAGCUUUUUUUUGCACCUUGUCUCGUGUCUCCUCCACUAAAUGUUCUUCCUGAGUUUCUUCAUGAGGUACUUGUGUGGUGGCACUUCUGUGGCCCUGUAGCCAGGCAUGAUCUGAGUGCUGAGGAGCCACAUUCUCAGUUCAGUCCUCAAAGUGAUUGAGGUAGGCAGAGGUGGUGCAGAGUGGAGUAGGGCAAUGUACAGCACAAGGAUUACUGUGGGAUAAGUGUACAAAGUGGAUGUGUAAAGCUCUUGGGCAGGUCUGGGAGGAGCAAGCCUUGGAGGACAGGAAUCCUGGGGAGAUGCAGUGAUAUCUGUGGCAGAGGCUCUGCCUUUCUGCCGCCAUAACAUCUGUUUUAACAUCCUUUGCUUCUUUCCAGAUUGGAAUCAUCUAAACUGCAUCUGCCGAGGACUGUACAGAAUAAUAAACAUUGUGACACCA